CCUUCCUCGACAUGCUUAAAUCUAGAUCCAAACAAGACCAGACAGCAGGGUCGAGACGGCGGGUCGAGUCAGCAAAAGUGGAGGCCGUUUCCCGGCCGAACAGCACCCCCCAAAACGGCGCCAGCAGGGGUCUGCCACAGCGCCCACCGCUUGGCGUUGCCCCAACCUUCCCUUCCUGGCGCCGCAGCUGGGAGGGAAGGCCCAUGGCGGCCGCCCUGCCAUUCGCCGGAACGUCCUCCAUCCGGCUCCCGCCACCGGCUGGAUGCCCUCCAUGUUUCGCCAAGUUUAUUCGACCCGGCAUCGUGGAGCCUCGCGAGGACGUGCGUUAG